AUGGAAGACAUUGCUGUCACUAAAUUUCGUGAAUAUUUGCGAAUCAACACGGAACAGCCACAUCCGGACUACGAAGCUUGUAAAACAUUCCUCUUCGCUCUAGCAGAUGAUUUAAAAAUUGAACGACAUGCCGUUGAGACUGUGCCCGGAAAACCAUUUAUAAUUAUGACAAUUCCUGGCAAACAGCCAGAGCUUCCAUCUCUUAUGCUUUACUCACAUACUGAUGUAGUACCAACUUUCAAGGACCAAUGGAAAUACGAUCCUUAUGAAGCUCACAAAGACGAAAAUGGAGACAUCUACGCCAGGGGUGCGCAAGACAUGAAAUGUGUCGGAUCACAAUAUUUCGAAGCUAUCAGGAGGCAUUUUAAGCGUGGUAGAAAGCAAUGGCUGAGGACCAUCCACAUCGUCUGGGGCCCAGACGAAGAGAUUGGAGCAGCUGAGGGAAUGGCAUUAUUCUGCCAAAUGAAGGAAUUCCGUGACUUGAAUAUUGGUUUUGUGCUGGAUGAGGGUCUAGCAAAUGAGACUGACGAGUACAAGGUUUACUAUGCUGAGAGAUGUCCGUGGUGGCUCCAAGUCACAUGUACUGGAUCACCAGGACAUGGAUCAAAAUUCAUCGUCAACACAGCUGCUGAGAAAUUGCAAAAACUCAUAAAUCGAACGUUGGAGUUUCGCGAAAAACAACGUCAAAUACUGGAAUCCGAUCCCAAUAAAACACUUGGCGAUGUGAUAACGCUCAAUUUGACGUUCCUUGAGGGUGGAGUUCAAGUAAAUGUACUACCUGAAAAAUUUGUGGCCAAAUUUGACAUUCGGGUGCCUCCUACAGCAGAUUUUGAUGAGUUAACGAAACAGAUCACCCAGUGGUGUCAUGAUGCUGGAGAAGGUGUGGAGUAUAAAUUUUUACAGAAAACUGAAAUAAAAAAUAUGACACCAACGACUCCGGAUGAUCCAUGGUGGGCAACGUUCGAAAAAUCGCUGCGAGAACAAGGCUGUAAAUUCGUCAAGGAAAUCUUCACCGGCGGCACCGACUCGCGUUUUAUCCGAGCGCUUGGCUACCGAUCUAUAGGAUUUUCUCCAAUGAACAAUACCCCUUCACUGCUGCAUGACCACAACGAGUAUUUGAAUGAGAAAGUCUACCUCAGAGGUGUUGAGAUCUAUGAGACAUUAAUCGAUAAUCUGGCCAGUUUGAAAGAGUAG